CGUCAAACAAAAGAUGUAUGUUCAUUUAAUUUAUAGAUGGAUAUACCUAUGGAAGAGUUUUCUAAAACGUUACUUUCUCUUUGAGAUUUGUAUUAACAGAAUUCCCAAAGUCCCAAAAUAGCUGUAAAACCGUAAAUUUGCGCAAUAUCCUGAAUGCUCUUUACCCAUAACGCACCGCGAUCAAUCUAGGAAAAAUGGCGUCGAGGGCACCAGUAGCGACAGGCAGGCUCCUGCUUGGUGUCCGUAAAUGGUAUUAUAACAUGUGUGGCUUCAACAAAAUUGGUUUAAUGCGUGAUGACACAAUCGUUGAGGAUUCAGAUGUGAAAGAGGCCCUGAGGAGGCUUCCAGAGGCCCAGUACAAUGACAGGAUGUUCAGGAUCAAGAGAGCCUUGGAUCUCUCCAUGAAGCAGCAGGUCCUCCCUAAAGACCAGUGGACAAAAUAUGAAGAGGAUAACCGAUACCUGGCACCCUAUCUGGAGGAGGUGAUCCGUGAGAAGCAAGAAAGGGAGGAGUGGAUGAAGAGAUAGAUGGUUUCCAUCUAAAGUGGUUAAUCUUCGUCUUCAGUCGGUGCAUGAUUGUCCCAUGGUGUAAUAUUUAAAAUGAGAUCUUACCUAUAUAAAUCUGCUCAUUAAAAAAAUUGUACAUUUUGAAAG